GCGGCGGGCAGCGGGUGCGCACCCCCAGCCCCGGGCCCCGCGCGCGCCAGCAGGCUGCGACCUCGGCUGCUCCCUCCCGCGUCCUUGGCGGUGGGGGCGGGGCGCGGCCGGGGAAGGCCAGGCGGGUGUUUUGGGGGAGCUGCGGGAAAGACGCGUGUGGGUGGCCCUGCAGCUGCUGGGGAGAGUUCGGGGGCUGCGCCAGGCUCUGGCCGCCGCCCCCCCACCCCCUGCAGCGCGGCCGUGGAGCCCCACCCCCGGCCUAGGUGUUGCUUUCCGGAGCCACCGGGCGCUUGGCACCGGUACCUCGUGGGGCAGCUCGGAGGGAGCUGGCAUUGUGAAACCGGCGGGACGUCACAGAGCUGAACUUAACCUGUUACGGGCUGGAGAGAAGUUGACAGGGCCUGCAGCGCCCACCUCCCGCGCAGCCCAGGGAGUCAGGCACCCCUCCUGCCCCGCCCACCCGGGCCAUCUCGGGGGAGGGGACAGAGAGUGCGUGGCCCCGGGGUGGAGGGGGGCCUCCUCCGAGGGACGGGGGAACGGCAGGAGCAGCUCAUGGGCUACCGGAAGAGAGGCCCGAAGCCCAAGCCGCUGGUGGUACAGGUCCCGACCUUCGCCCGCCGCUCCAACGUGCUGACCGGCCUGCAGGACUCCUCGGCAGACAACCGCGCCAAGCUGGAGCUGGGCGCGCAGGGCAAGGGCCAGGGCCACCAGUACGAGCUCAACAGCAAGAAGCACCACCCGUACCAGCCGCACAGCAAGGAGCGGGCGGGCAAGCCGCCGCCGCCGGGCAAGGGCAGCAAGUACUACUACCAGCUCAACAGCAAGAAACACCACCCCUACCAGCCGGACCCCAAAAUGUACGAGCUGCAGUACCAGGGCGGCCACAAGGAGGCGCCCAGCCCCGCCUGCCCGGACCUGGGCGCCAAGGGCCACGCGCCGGACAAGUGGGCGCACGGCGCGGGGGCCAAGGGCUACCUGGGGGCCGUGAAGCCCCUGGCCGGCGGCGCCGCGGGCAAAGGCGCGGAGAAGGGGCCCCCCAACGGCAUGGCGCCGGCCCCCAAGGACGGGGUCGCGGGCAACGGCAUCGGGGGCAAGAUGAAGAUUGUCAAGAACAAGAACAAGAACGGGCGCAUCGUCAUCGUGAUGAGCAAGUACAUGGAGAACGGCAUGCAGGCGGCCAAGGUCAAGUCCGGCGAGGCGGCCGAGGCCGGCGCGCGCUCCCCGGGCCACAAGAAGCGCGGCGCCGCCGCCGAGGACCGCCACGCGCCCGCGGACAGGACCUUCAAAAAGGCAGCCGUCUCCGAGGACAAGAAGGCCGAGGCGCCCUGCAAGAGGCGGGGCGGCGACGAGGAGGCGGCGGCGGUGGCUGCGCCGGCGCCCGAGCCCGGCAACCCGCAGGCCCAGGACGCCGCCGGCCCCCGCAAGCUGUCCCCCGGCAAGGAGGCCUUCGGGGAGCAGCCCCUGCAGCUCACCACCAAGCCCGACCUGCUGGCCUGGGACCCGGCGCGCGGCGCGCACCCGGCGCCGCUCCACCCGCACCACCAUCACCACCACCACCAUCACCACCACCACCACCACCACGCCGUGGGCCUCAACCUGGCGCACGCGCGCAAGCGCUGCCUCUCCGAGACCCACGGCGAGCGCGAGCCUGGCAAGAAGCGGCUCACGGCGCGCAGCAUCAGCACCCCCACGUGCCUCGGGGGCAGCCCCGGCGCCGAGCGCCCGGACGCGCCGCCCGCCGUCGCCGCCGCCGCCCUCCCGCAGCCCGAGGUCAUCCUGUUGGACUCGGACCUGGACGAGCCCAUUGACUUGCGCUGCGUCAAGACGCGCGGCGAAGCCGGGGAGCCGCCCAACUCCUUGCUGGUAAAGCCCGAAGCGCCCGCGCCCGCGCCGGCCCCCGCGGCCCAGAGGCCUCCUGCCGGCGCCCUGGACGAGCCCGCGGAGGCGCUGAGCGAGUUCAAACCCUUUUUUGGGAAUAUAAUUAUCACCGACGUCACCGCGAACUGCCUCACCGUCACCUUCAAGGAGUAUGUGACGGUGUAGCCGGGAAGGAGGCUCCGACCGCCAGGACCCCGG